AAGCACACUGGCUACCAUUUUUCGGCAGGGGUGAAUAACUUUCUGCUAUUGUGAUAUAUUUCUGAGGCUUUUUAUUGCAUUUUAAUCGACAGUGAAAGCUGAAGAGUGGCGGGAAAGGGUGGAAGGAGAGAGGGGAUGACAAGGAAGUCGACACAACAGCGACAAUGGCGACACUAAAACCUACCGCAUUAGGUUUUACAGUUAGAAAAAUGACUUUGUUAUUGUUUUGCAUGUCUCUUUCGUGUCUGCCGUUGUAUUCCUCCGCCAGUAGAAACGACAGACCCAUUAUCGGUGUUCUGGCUCAAGAAGUUUAUUCACCAAAACCAGAUCAGACAGUUUACAUCGCUGCCUCUUAUGUGAAAUUCCUGGAGUCAGCAGGGGCGAGGGUUGUACCUGUCAUGAUCAACCAGACACUGGAGGAGUAUAAGGCACUGUUCAACUCCAUUAAUGGGAUCCUUUACCCAGGCGGGGGUGCCAGCAUUAUCUCAUCUGGUUAUGAAAGGACUGCAAAGAUCUUUUAUGAGCUGGCUAUUGAGGCAAACAAGAAAGGCGACUAUUUUCCUGUGUGGGGCACGUGUCUUGGAUUUGAACAGCUGACCUAUUUGACGAGUGGAAACACAGUACUGUCACACACCAAUACAAGCGGCGUGCCAUUGCCUCUGAACUUCACUGACGAAACCAAAGACAGCAGGCUGUUUAAAGGCUUCCCAGCUGAACUCAUGAAGGAUCUGGCCUCUCAGCCGUUGACAGAAAACUCUCACAAGUGGAGUCUGGCAGUGCUGACUUAUAACACAAAUGAGGAGCUGAAGAAGUUUUACAAAAUUCUCUCCACAAACACGGAUGGAAAAAUAGAGUUUGUGUCAACGGUGGAAGCGUAUGAUUACCCAAUUUACGGGACACAGUGGCAUCCAGAGAAAAAUGCAUUUGAAUGGACGAGGCCUUACAUUCCACACUCUCCAUCAGCAGUCAAGACCACCUUCUACAUGGCUGAGUUCUUCGUCAGUGAAGCCAGGAAGAACUCGCACAGAUUUGAUUCUGAGGAGGACGAGAGCAAAGCACUGAUAUACAACUACAAUCCUGUUUACACUGGGUCCAAGAGCGGCUUUGAGCAAAUCUAUUAUUUCUGAUUCGCUCUGACGUUUGUUUGCGGAGUGCUUUUUCCUUUUCAGCAGCUGAUUGGCUGUUUCACCCGCGUGACUUGUGAAUGUUUGCAGAUUAUUUGGCUUGUUUGAUUUAGCCUCUGCUGCUCACUCCAUCUGUUGAAUCUUAACCAAGAAGUAAACUGGAAAGAGGGCAGAUUUAUACACGCAGCGUAAUUCUUGCAAGAUUGCAAUGCGAGAUUGUUGAUUCUCGUGGAUGCUGUAGCCCGAUUUACAGCUGAGUAAUUAAAUGUCAUUACGGAGAGUGAACAUAGUGACAUUGUAAGGAAUUUUGCCUUGAAAACUUUGUUUACAGUCUACACUGCGCUAAUCCAUUGCUUAUGGAAAAAUAUUGAUAAAAUGAGAAUCUAUGUGCAAUAUAAAACCUCGUUUCCAGUCGCAGCAGGCAGAUGUUUUCAGCUGAAACGCUGUGAUAAACAAACUUUACACUGCCUUCUCAGCACCAAACAGCAAACAAGACAAUUAGCAGCUAGUUAGUGGAGCGUUUAGCAGCUACAGAGCCAGAAUAUUACUCUCUGGGUUUAUUGGAAACCAAAACAGAGGAAAUGUUGGACUUACAUUUUGUGGGUCACGUGAAUGUCGCCAUGAGUCAACGUUGUCUUCCUCUUGUUCCCCAAGUGACCAGAAAAAUCAAUACAGCUUUAAUAUUCACAAGACCAACAAAAAAGAUGAGCCAGAAAAGACUGAAGGCUGAUAAAAUAUCUAUUUUUUUAUUCUAACAUUUACCUUCAUGCCACAGUCUGACAUUAAUCUCCUUCUAUGCUUUGGAUAACAAAGUUGAGCGUCUUGAAAAAGUCCUCAACCACUGGCAAGAAAGUUCGAUGUUGCCAUUGGCAUUUAUAAAGUCCACUUUCAACUCAAUUCAAGGACAGCAACAGGAGAACAGAAAUGAAUAGUCAAAUGUAACUUCCAAAAUGCUUUAUGCACAAAUAACACUCAGGUAAUAUUGUUUCUGUUUUCUUUUCUUUUUUUUUUUUUUUUAGAAUAAAAUGAUAUUUGAAUAACAUUUACACAUCAAGCUGACGAGACUGGGAUCUCAAUCACAAUACUACUGGAAAUGUAAUUUAUGCAAUCCAGUAAGGAACAUUCAAGAUGUCAAAAUUACCAUGUGGAGCUGAGCUAUCGGGAUAGUGCUGCAAAUAACCUCUUAACAUGCACUGAAACGUAACACAAAUGGCCAUUCAAAUUAAAAAUGGAAAAUUAAA